AUGGCCGGUAGACAAGGGCUUUAUGAAGAAGACCAGGUGAGUUACAAAAGUAAGCUCCCUUUUUCUCACUCUUCCUCAUGUUCGCCCUCGUCAUCUUCUUCUCAGCACAAAGGCCUCAUGCCUCUUACCUACCACCAGCACCAACGGGAUUGGUUAGAAAACCAAGAUGAGGCCCCUCCCCGAUGCUACAACGCAGCAGCUGCUCAUCAGCUUGAGCUCAUGAUGGACUCAUCGCCUCAAAAUUGUGGUGGUGAUGAUGCUAACGCUUCAGAUGAUCAUGUAGUCACCGUAGGGGAUACAUCCCCCGAUGCCCUUGGAGGAGGAAGCAGUGUCCGUGCCAGUGCCAUGGUGGUAGAAAGGGAACAUAUGUUCGAUAAGGUAGUCACACCCAGUGAUGUUGGCAAGCUCAACCGGCUUGUCAUCCCCAAACAGCACGCCGAGAGGUAUUUCCCACUGGAUUCGUCGACCAACGAGAAAGGUCUGCUACUGAAUUUUGAGGAUCGAAAUGGGAAGCCAUGGCGAUUCAGAUAUUCUUACUGGAAUAGCAGCCAAAGCUAUGUGAUGACCAAAGGUUGGAGUCGCUUUGUCAAGGAGAAAAAGCUUGAUGCCGGUGAUAUUGUAUCGUUCCAGCGAGGUGUCGGUGAGUUGGGUAAGGAUCGCUUGUUUAUCGAUUGGGGGCGCCGUCCCGAUGCACCAGAAAUACUCGCAUCACUUCCCAAUCACUCAUUUCCACACCACAACUUCUCUUUCCGCCGGCCGGUCCCCCCUCGGAAUCCCUUAUUUUUGCAAUCUCAGCUGGGGAUGUCGUCCAUAUCGGACCACUCACAUUUGCUACAGCCAAGCACCACCACUAGUCAUCCAUAUUCCUGCGGUUGUGCAUAUGGAACUGGCCCUCACAGUUACAACAGUGUGGGAAACCCUUGUUCCGGCUCGGUUAUUUAUUUCAGAUCCACACCGGCACCGGCCCCACAACAUGUUGGCAUGGUACAAAUGGAAAGCGGAGGAAUUGGGGGUGGGGAUGGGGUUAGGCCCGUGGUUUUCGAGUCGGUUCCGGUGGUCCAAGGGAAAGUCGCAGCAGCAAAGCGACUCAGGCUGUUUGGCGUGAACUUGGAGUGUCCCAUUUCGGAAUCGGACGAAUGUGAUCACAUAUUGUCCUCCACCGCCAUACCCCAGCAUUCUACAAUGGCACCUCACCCUCCUGACCUCUCUUCUUCUGCAUUUUCUUCUUCUAUUCCUUCCCUCAAAUUUAGGCCAUACAAUGCCACACCUCUUCCUCCAACGCAGUCCGAAUUGCCCAAUAAGGGCAAAGCCUCCAUGUCCUUGGAUUUGGAUAUCUGA